AGAUGACAGGAUCGGAAUGCCUAGCAAGGGACGGCUUAUUGCAGGGCCCCGGGGCCAAAAUACGGACUACCUAGGACGGAACACCGGCCAGCCGCCAUUGGUUUGAUUGCAAGCCGAGCACUACCGUAGCAUGUGUGCGCCGGCGAACGGACGUCGAUAUGAGCCCAUGCCAACACGGGGGGGGGGCCCUGUGACGGAAGAAGAGUCCAGGGCGGAUGGGGGGGACCGGUCAAGCAAGGGAACCAGUCAAGAGGCCUACCAGCAGCAGUCGAGAGAAAACCGGUCAAAGCCAGGGAGUCGAAAACCGGCCAUUGGAAUCCCCCCGGUGUUGCCAGCGUUGGGGAAUCCCCAGUUCCCGGGGGUGGUUCGCCAGCGGAGAUGCGCAGGUGCAUGUUGCAGCAGCGUACAGGGCAGAACGAGCAUGGUUUGGAGUUUACGGUGCGUGCUUGGCAUGGCAUUUCGGCAUCGUACGUUCCUUUUUUUUUGUUCGGCUUUUUUUCCGAGUCGGUCUGCUCUGGCAUAGACUCGGCCCCGACGGUUGUGUCUGGCCUGUUGGCGGAUGGGUUGAACGCGGCAUUCCCUUCCCUGGUCUGGGUGCUGUUGUGCCAAAGUCUAGACCUCACGUUGAAGCCUUGAAAGUAUCCCUUACAGACUCUAAACCUCGCAACCCCCAGGUCAAGUCGUCAAUCGCAAUCGCAAUCGUCAAGAUACUACGUAGUAUGUCAAUCCGACCCUUGAUUGCCGCCAGUCACACCCCUCGGCUCAUCUCGUCUCGUCCAACCCCACGCCCUUGCCCUUCCACGCCCUUGCCCUUCCACGCUUCCACAAUCCUUCCAAGCCUCUUCCACGGCACCACGCCCCGAGCACACCCAAAAGCGUCCAUUUCUCACCGCCCCCCUCUCUCCACGUUUCCUCUUUUCCCCUUGCUAUAUCCGGUGUCUUGCCUGCAUGCCGUCGUUUCUUUUUUCAGCCCUGGAACGCAAGCCAUCCGCCGCUCCGGGCCUUCGGGGCAGGCAAAAGUGGCCUUCAGUGAGACACCCGGCGGCGGGGGCAGCGGCUGGAAAAUGACCUUUGUUUUUUUGCUUUUUCCUCAGUGCGCCGCGUGCAAGGGCGAUUUCUGUGUCUCGCUGUUUCAAGGAAAUCCAGAAUUCGGGGUUCAGAAAACGGGUCCUGACGAGGGUUUUCGGUGCGACUACGACGACAAGGCAUCGAUGCUCCGCAACCAAAACCCAAGGGCGGGCACAAAGGUGACGAGUCGUUUUUUCGCGCCCAACUGGUGGAUCGACGGCGGUGGCGAGCUUGUUUUUAAGGAUCUGUCUCUGAUAGGCGCUGUCGUCUCUUCCCUCCCGUCGAUCAACCAUGGUCGAUAGGAUCUUGAUGAGGUGCUGCAGCUGCAUCUAUCACGAUCGGGAUGGAAAUGACCACAUGAUUUCAGGCCUCAAUCAUCGUUACAGGUUUGGUCAUUUCUAGCAUGCAGAUGGCCAAUUUGAAUCUUCACCCCUCCAGGUCCAAAGCCCCUAUUUGCUUCCUAUCCGUCCACCAAAAGAGAAGGCCUCAAAAUCCCCUUGCAU